AUGUCUAUGCUCGCCAUGGCUGCUCCGUCCCCCCAUUCAGCAUUCAAGAACUACCCCUGGGAUGGCGGCAGGUCUUCCUCAGACUACUCCUCGCGCCCUCGUACUGAGCCCGAGAGAAUCGCCUUGCCAUCAAUUCGUCAGGCCAUCCCAGAACUCCACCUUCGCCUGCAACCCCAGGAGGCAUCAACCACCAGAACUACCUCUUCCAACACCUCGCCAACAGUCGGAUAUGCCGGUGUCAUGACGCCUCCCGAGUACGUUCACUCGCCAAACUCAAACAAGAGGAGGAGACUCUCAAUCGACGAGGAGCAGGAGAGUGAGAGAGCCAGCCGUGUCCCCAGACUUUAUGAGUCUCCUGCUCGCAUUCCUCAGCGCCAGAUUUCCCCGUCAGUUCCUUCCCGCGCUGCCACUGAGAGCUGGACUGGAUCCGCAAGGACGAGCCCUUACAUGUCUUCAUCUGGCAUGCCUUCCAUGAGAUCCCCCGCCAUGGAAGUCAACGAGCGUCUCGAGUCUCGCCCAACACUUCCCAGCCUCCCGCCCAUGAACUUCGAGAGGGAAUCGAUCCCCAUGCAACGUGUUCGCGGCCACUCCCAAGACGAGUUCCAGCCCAUCCGCCCUUCCAUGGCCAUGUCUUCAGGACCCAUGAUGGAGGCCACUCCUUCAUACCGCCCCAGCGGAUACGCCUAUGGAUACCACCACCCCAGCCGAGUCCAGUCUCUUUCCCUCGGCUCCAUUCACCCCUUCGACCGCACACCAUUCUCAGCCGCCGGCUACGGUCACUACCCUGAGUUCAUGCGCAUCGGAGAGCUUGGAGCCAUGGGAAUGCACGGUGACAGCAAGCAACGCAAGCGCCGUGGCAACCUGCCAAAGGAGACGACUGACAAGCUGCGUGCUUGGUUCGUCGCUCACCUGCACCAUCCCUACCCCACGGAGGACGAGAAGCAGGAGCUCAUGCGUCAGACCGGUCUGCAGAUGAACCAGAUCUCCAACUGGUUCAUCAACGCGCGGCGCCGUCAGCUUCCUACCAUGAUCAGCAACGCCCGUGCAGAGUCCGACGCCAUGUCCAGCCGCAGCGGCGAGAGCAAGAUCCUCCCGUCGACAGAGCGCAGCGAGUACGACGACGGCAAGCGCAACAGCGUCCCCCUCAGCGAUGGCGAGGCCUUUGACGAGGACAUGGACCUGAAGCAACGGCGCUCUGCACACAUCAAGAGGGGAAGCAUUUAG